AUGAGCAAUAAUACUAUUAAUUAUUGUGUUCACUGUGAUUACUUGAUUAAUAUCUCCACUCCAAAUGAAAUGGUUGCUGAACUCAAAAAUAGGAUUAAGUAUAAGGUUCCCUUUGAUAAUUUUGAUCUCUGCAUUAAUGAUCUUGGUCAAG